AUGCUGCGGCUGGUAGCACUGGUCAUGGUCUGUACUUACACUGUGGUAGCUGCUGAGGAAGCUGAGAACACCAGCCACAGACCACCACUCCACUACAGCAGCCUCAUGCUGCCACAGCACCAUAUCUCCUACUUCCUCCACAAUAACAAGAGAGUGGCCAGGCUCUGUCGAGAGGACCCGCGCUGCCCUUUAAAGUAAGAACUGUACUUUCAUUGUACUUUCAUUGGUGAGUGUUAUUAUUAAUUGUACCCGCCUACCUGUCAGACCUACUCUACCCCUAUGAACCUCCACGCACCCCACGUUCAAGCCACGCAAAACUCAUCCAUGGGGGACUGUGCCUUUUCCUCCAAUGCACCACACCUAUGGAACUCCCAUCCUUAUAAUCUCAGCGCUGUUCAGACUAUUGUUUUUUUAAAAGCAGGCCUUAAAACUAAUCUCUAUUGGCUGGCCUACCAUUAUGUCCUUCCUCCUAGACUUUGAAUGUUGCUUUCAUGAUAUGGUUAGAUAUACUGUAUUUAUUUAGUUUUUUAAACUGUUUUUAUGUUUCUAUUUUAUUUUAUGCACUUUGGGAUUAUUCUUGUAUAAUGAAAGUGAUUUGCAAAUGUAAUAUAUUAUUAUUAUUAAUGUCAGUAAUAGGGCCCUUAGACUACCAUGUUGGUUAUCGUCAUACACAGUGUGGAGGGGGAUUAGCUCAUUUUAACACUUGAAUUUUCGUCAAGGUAAAUGUCUUGGCUAAGCAGCCAUAGUCUUGUGGACAGAAAGUAACACUUAAUUUUAGAGCUUAAGUCUAAAACAAUUGAAGCUUCCUGUGUUGGACAGUGACCACGUAAUUAUGUUUUGUGUGUCACGGUGGUACAAGAAGGCUGUUUUUAGUGGGGUCUUUUAAGUUCCAUCCAAGUGUUUAGCACAUCUUUAGUUUUUGCCUCCCCCUUCCCCACCCUUUAAUGUUUUACAACAGGAUGCUCUGCUGGAUGUGUCGGCCUGCUGGGGGUAUGAGAAGAACUGUUCCCCAGAGAACUGCUUUGGCUAUCCUCUCUGCACACGGGUUGACUCCGGAUGGUACAAUACAAUCCCCCUCUCUGCAUUCACUAACAAGAAUAUUGUUUCCUUUUAUUCAUUAGCAUAAUGUGUCAAGCUCUUGUCAUACAUGUGGAUGUGCAUAAUUUAUUUCUGCCACUGGUUUGGCCUAACAGAGCUCUUCGUCCUCCCUAUGGCCAGCUCAUUGGAGGUAGCCCAGGAGCUGUUCUGGAAACAGGCAGACUUUGGUUACGUCAGGGAGCGCCUCAGUGAGAUGAAGGCUCUCUGCAAGGUCACCAAUUCUGUAAGCCCUUCCUCUAGUGCAGCUGCACACAGGACUCAUGAAUCCACACAGAUAAACAGAAAAGGCAUUUGCUAAACGCUCACAUUUUAUUUCUAGGGAGACUCGUCUCUGAAAUGCACCAGCCACACUCGCUUCUGCAGGGCAACCAAUCUGUACUUGGACCUGCGGAACCCUCGCAGGGGUCAUGUGAGGUCAGUGCACCCUGGGGGACACGUCUUGUCUAGAGCCCCAUCUGGGUUCCUUGUUUUCCAGUGUGGGAAGAAUCCUAGUAGUUUAGUUUUUAUUGGGUCUUUCUUUAGUGUUUCUUACAUUUGCUUGUCUCUUCAUCGUCAUUGACCUGAAAGGCGGGAUAGGUGAAAGCAGUAUGACAGACCCUCUUGGCCUAAUGAAAUAAAUUAUGAUAAAAUGAGAACUGUGGGACUCACCUGUGUUUUCUCUGCAGGUAUAAGGAGGACUUUCUCCAGGAGGGGGAGAUUGGGGGGCGUUGCAGUCUGAACAGCCGAGCGCUGGCUGCAGAAGGAGAGCACAAGAGCCCUCUGCAGUCCUGGUGA